GAGACCAAAAAAACUUCGGGAAAACAACAUCUCGUGCGUUUUUGCGUAUUUGCUAAACAGUUCAAAGAGUUGCGAAGAAAAGCCUGCGAAAUAAAGUGUUAAAAUGGCUAGUGGAGAUAAUCCCGACCAACCGAGACAGCCCCGCAACAUGCAGGGCUUGCUGAAGUUCGCCAUGGAAGCGACGAAAAGUGAAGAUGCACCACAUCCUGCCCACCUGCAGCCGAUGGACGAAGAGCGGCGCCGGUUUCUGGAGGAAGCCCUCAAGUCCCUUACCGUCGACGUUGUGCAGCAGCUCGAGAAAGCGAUGAAGGUUCUGCUCGACAGUGACUCCAACGACGAUGCAAAGGCCGAAGCAAUCGACACCGUGAUUGACUACGUGCAGGACAUCGACACAGCGAACGAUUUCUACAAGGUGGGAGGGUUCGUCAUCAUAAAGCCGGGACUGGAAUCACCCAGCGCGGAGGUGCGCAGCGGCACGUUACAGCUUGUUGGGGAGCUGGCCCAAAACAAUCCCUUCUGCCAGCAGCACCUGCUCGAGCAGAACAUACUGGCGAAGCUGACGGAGCUGCUUUCGGACGAACCCACCGUUGCACAGCAGGCCAUGCACGCGAUCUCGUGUAUGGUGCGGCACCACGAACCCUGCCUGGCGGCGUUCAUCGAUAUCGGUGGGCUCGAAUGCAUACUGGGCUGCAUACAGACGGACAACGAGAAGCUGCGCAUUAAAGCGUCCUUCCUGAUGGCGAACCUGUGCACGGAGUUUGCCGCCGUUCGGGACGAGUUCAUCAAGCUGAACGCGGUCGAGCGGGUGAUGGCGGCAGUGAAACCUUCGCGGGACUAUGAUGCAAAGCUGGAAACGGCCCUGUCCACGCUGAACGUGCUGACGGAGUGUGCGGAGGGCGUCCGGAGGUGCCGUGAGGGCAACAUGAAGCAGAAGCUGGAGACGAUCAUUAAGCUGAACGGUGGCAAAGAGGAAUGUCAGGAACAACUCGAAUAUGCCAACACGCUGCUAAAACGGUGUUACGCCGCAGAGCAGGAUGGCACUGACCGGUAGAAAUGGCGUGCGUAUUCUAGUGAAUCUAAUGUACAACUCAUCUUCUAUCGAUAAAGUUUCAUAAUAAAUCAGUCUGAGCAUCAUAACUUGGCGCAAUUAAA